GACAGACGCCCUGACCGAUGCGAAUUCGAUUCUUCGAGACCAGCCUGCACACGCGAAAGCUCUCUACAGGAGAGCAAAAGCCCUGGUCGAGCUCGGACGUCACAAUGAAGCGGCUGAGGUUCUUCGGAAGCUGCCGGGUGGAGAUGAGGACGUCUCCGCGCUCUUGCAGCGUGCGCUAGGACCUCCAACAGGCCCCACACCGGCACGCGCUUCUCAGUCGCGAGUUCCGAAGGCAGAAGCGGUAGAGACGGUGGUGCCCCUGAAGCCUCCGCCAGAGGACCCAUCGGCAGAGCUGCGGAGGCUGUUGAAAGAGGCAGAGCUUGCGCUGAAGAAAGGUGAUGCCAGGCGUGCCUUGGACUUCUCCCGCGGAGCUUCAGCAGCGGCCCAGCGAGCGAAGGAGGAGGCGAUGGCGCAGGAGCUUCCAAAAUCCGACCCCCUCUUCCGCGCACCUCCGCGGCCGCCAGCGGAUGGAUCCAAGGAGGUGAAACAGCUGUUGACAGCCAACGGUUUGGAGGUGCGAGCCCUCCUUGCACUGCGCCGCUUCGAAGAGGCCAGGGAUGCGACCCGGAGCGCGCUCAAGAUGCAGAGCUGGGAG